CAGCUUGCCUCGUUCCCUAUACGAGCAUCCGGUGAAGCCAAACAGACCCUAGCGACGCUGCACACGAGCCGCUAGCCGGGCUGUCUUGCCAUCGUCCACCGGUAUCGCAACCGGGAAGCCUGAAUCCUAUUGUUGCUACAGCGUGGUAUCUGGUCGUCUUUUCAACCUGUGACUAACGUCCGUUCACUCUUACCACACUCGUUCGCUGUCUGCACCGAUCGCACGGAUUCACCACACAAGGUCUUGGAGCUCUGGCUGCAUGACACUCUCCGAGCAGAGCUGCCCUCCAACGGGUCGCACUCACUCAAAAUGGCACCUCGGCUCAACUGCCUCACAGGCUGCUUUGGAUGGCAGCCAGCCAAGUUGAGCAGAUGCAGCGAGUUGGCAACGAGGGCCUGGAUGUGGGCUAUUCAUCUGAUCUUGAUCAUACCCACCGCCAUGGCAGCAUUUAUCGCACGUAACAACUAUCUCUUGGUAGAGAAACACCUGGAGUUGCAACAGUAUCCCUAUCAUCCAAAGAUGAGACUGGGCUUCUAUAUGACAUAUAUCGGGUGUGCCGUUCUGUUCCCUUGGGUCUUUCUCGCCACUCUUCUACUCAAGAAAUGGUACGGUACGUGGACCCUACCUUACGGGAUUAUCAACUCGGGCCUUGCUACAACCAUUGCUAUUGGUAUUUCCAUGCAGACCCAAUUUCUACCAGCAUCCUCCAGUGGCUGCAAAGAUGGCAAGGCCAUGAAUUGGCAGGUAGUGGAUGGCUAUGACAGUAUGUUUACGCUCGCUGCGAAACUCGAUCGGAACGAUGCAAACAAGGCCGAGGCGAUUUGCAAGAACAUGGUCGCUGGCUGGACAGUAGGGGGCACCGUUGUCUUCUUCCAGUCCGUCCUCGCAUAUGUUAGCGUAUUCUUCGAUGAACGCGAGUUCAGCCUUCUCAACCCCAUGCGACCUCUUAUAUGGCUGGUAAUUCUCUUUGUUGGCCCACUACUUUUUGUUCACGAUGUCAUCUUCCCACGCAUACGUCUUUGGCUUAGCUAUGCCAAAAAAGGUGUGGCUGAGCUGCGCAGCACAAGAGAUUUUCAAAUACCCCCGCAGGCACGAUUCACACCGCAAUACCAAAGCUUCGAAGCACCGAAAACAAAGUUGACGAAUGUUCUCGCGAUCGAACAUGUACUCCUCAACGUGACCGACUACCUCCAUCAUGAUGAUGUAGUUCACCUCAGCAUGACAUGCAGAGCAGUACGAGAGGUUGUGUACCCAUCCGAAGACCUCGACUACCGGGUCCCAAAGUUAACGAGACAUUGCUGCAGCAUUUCUGAGGCAUCGAAGUGCCUCUAUUGCAACAAUAAAAUCUGCGGCUCCUGCCAACGCAAUCCCCUCUGGCCCGGCCUUUCCGGUCGCCGCCACGUAACGGAUUGCAAGCCCUACUGCGAGCCCUGCUAUUACAAGUCGUUCGCGCGGCAUCCUCGUGGCUACAAGAAGCCUUGCAAAUGCUACAGCAUCGAUCGCAGCAACGAGUUCCAGGAUGUCUGCCGUUCUUGCAUGAGUAAAGAUGUUGAUACUCUCCAAGCCGCGCGGCACAGGCGAUACCAACAAGAAGCGAGAGAUAUAGCAUACGACGAGAACUCGAAGUGUGGGGACUGCAAGAAAGUGUUGAAAGAUGGUAUGCGAUGGUGGAAGUGCGGGAAGUGCAGCGGUGAGUGCAGAGAUAAGAUACACCCAGGAUUCGUGAAGACGAAGAAGGUGAGGGAUCCCGAGAAAGGAGAUGUGGGUAAUGGAGGAAUAGAUGAGGAUGUGUCAUGGUGGAGGAAAUGGCGCAAUGUCCUACUCCCUGAACGACGACAGUAGGUUGAGUAUUCAGUGAGGACAGCCUUGUUCCAUGUGUAUUGAACCUGCAAAAAAUGGUUAUCUACAAGAUUAGAUCCCAUGUUUUGGGGAUUGUCAAUCUGUGCUUCGAGCGCUAACUCAAACAUACCCUGCCCAAUACGUGUUCCGGAUCCAUCUAGACGCAUAGCUAGGGUCUGCUAAGGAGUUCUUCGAAGCUUGGGAUCUACCUC